AAAUCAUCGGAGGAGCAAAGAGGCAAAACACACACAGAGAUCAGGAGAAGACAAAAUUCAUGAGAUUGCUCUGAAGCCAUUCAGAUAUGAAUCUCUUACCGUCUGUAGUCACACUGGGACUGUGCUGUGUGCUCAGCUCUCUCUCUGUAUCAGGAUCUGAGGAAAAAGGCUCCAUCAGGCCUUUCAUUCUGGACGCCAUCAAAGAAGCCAAACAUGUUGUGGACGACUCUUAUUUGUACUCUCGUCAAAAGAGUCUUGAAAGGGUGCGCAGGGAUGAUUUCAUCAAGCCGUCUGAUAUCCUGCGUCUGAUGAAGCAGCCAAAGCGGAAGGCGCGUGAAGCUGUGAGAGCUGCGGAUUACUUAGAGCAGACACUGAGGAUCAUCUCGGAGAAAUCACACCACGCACACAAGAGAUCUAUUAAUGCCACAGCACUGCUUACUCACGAAGAACUCCGCACAAUCGAGAAGCUGACUGGCUGUGCCGCUCAAACCCUGCCACCUCCAUGCAGAACAAUACCGGAUCUGAACAAAUAUCGCACAGCCUCCAGCGUCUGCAACAACCAUGUAAAUCCACUUCGAGGUGCCUCAAACACAGCAUUCACUCGCUGGUUGCCUCCUACGUAUGAAGAUAGCAUUUCUCAACCUCAAGGAUGGAACCCAGGAAGACGCUAUAAUGGUGUUGUGCUGCCUCUGGUGAGGGAGGUGUCAAACCGCAUUUUCAGCACGCAGGACCAAAAUGUCGUGGGAGACAGUCAGUACACACUCUUCAUCACCUUCUUUGGCCAGUGGAAUGAUCACGACCUGUCGUUCACCCCAAUGUCACCCAGCAUCCGGUCCUUCAGCAACGGCAUUAACUGUGAUGACAGCUGUGAGCGCUCUGAGCCAUGCUUCCCCAUCCAGAUUCCUAGAGAUGACCCGCGCUUGCCCUCUAACCCCAAAAGCUGCCUCCCUGUAUUUCGUUCUGCACCCGCCUGCGGCUCUGGAAACGGUGCAUACAUGUUUGGAGGUGUCCCGCGGGUGAGGGAGCAGAUCAACACCCUGACAUCAUUCCUAGAUGCUGGCCAGCUGUAUGGCUCUGAGGAUGGGCUCGCUCAAGAACUCCGUGACCUGACCAACGACGGGGGCCUCAUGCGUGUCAAUGACAGAUUUCGGGACAAUGGACGUGAGCUGCUGCCCUUCACCAAGGUGGACAGCAAAAUGUGCGCCACACGCAAUCGCAUUCUCAACACCACGGGCCAGGAGGAAGUGCCGUGUUUUAUUGCAGGUGAUGAGCGUGUUGAUGAGAACAUCGCUCUGACUUCACUGCACACACUCUUCCUGCGGGAACACAACCGGAUCGCACGUGCUCUGCGGCGCCUGAACCCGCACUGGACCAGUGAACAGCUUUAUCAGGAAACUCGCAAAAUUGUUGGAGCUUUCCAUCAGAUCAUAGUGUUCAGGGAUUACCUGCCACACAUCGUGGGAACAGAUGCCAUGAGAAAGCAGCUUGGCAAGUAUCCUGGCUACAACCCCAACGUUGACCCGACUAUCUCGAAUGUCUUUGCUACCGCUGCUUACCGCUUCGCCCACGCCACUAUCCAGCCCCUUAUCUUCCGUCUGGAUGAAAACUUUCAAGAUAAUAGACGUUUCCCCAGCGUUCCGCUUCACACGGCCUUCUUUACACCAUGGAGGAUUGUGUUUGAAGGUGGAAUUGAUCCUCAGAUCCGGGGGCUGAUUAGUCGGCCAGCUAAGCUGAACAAGCAGGAUGGGAUCCUGGUGAACGCAAUUAGAGAAAGACUGUUUGCCUUUACCAGCAAAAUCGCUCAGGACCUGGGUUCCCUCAACCUGCAGAGGGGCAGAGAGCACGGCCUACCAAGCUACAACGCUUGGCGCAGAUUUUGCGGCCUGUCCACACCCAGGAAUGUCAAUGAACUGACAAGAGUGCUGAAUAACACAGCUCUUGCACGUAAACUCCUCCAGCUUUACGGCUCUCCCGAAAACAUCGACCUUUGGGCUGGAGGCAUUGCUGAACCGUUUGUCGCCGGAGGCCGAGUCGGGCCGGUGUUCUCCUGUAUCAUUGCCACCCAGUUCCAGAAGAUCCGCCAAGGGGACAGGCUCUGGUGGGAGAACAAUGGUGUUUUCACCCCAGCACAGAGAGCCUCCCUGUCCAGAGUGUCUCUGUCUGGCAUCGUCUGUGACAACACAGGCAUUUCUAGAGUUCCUAUGAACGCUUUCCUCUUUAGCCCCAACCAAGCAAACUUCAUCAACUGCAGAAGUAUCCAGGGGGUUGACCUCAGUCCUUGGAAGGAAACAGUCACUGAGGACAGAAGCAGUGAAAAUUCAUCUGAAGAAAAUGAGAUCCAGUAAGGAGAAGCCUCAGUUGCCCAUGUUGAACCCCUCGUCCCCUUUAGAUCCCCUAGUUCCCCUACGAACCCCUGUUCCUUUGGUAUCCUGGAUGUAGACAUCCUUGCCAUCUUUAUCCCUGCCUUCAUUAAUGCAACAUCUCUACAAAUAUCUGAACUUUUAAGAUGGACGAGUUCACCUGCAGCAUCCCUGGCAUCUAAGAGUUUCUGAUUUCUUCUUUCUGACGUCUGCAAUGUGUGCACAAUGAUCAUGCAGCACACCACCACAUUAUUUCAUGAAAGCCAAACCACAGUGAGGCUCCACAUGAUGGAGCAGGGUGAGACAAUGUGUCUAGAGGCCAGUUUAUGCAUUGAUCUGUUUAUCUGAUGGUUAAUUAUUGACCUGCUUGUUCUUCAAAGGUUCCCAUUUGACAUUCAAGUUCUGUUACAGUACAUAGCAAACCAUUGUCUUAGAUCACCGCUGUAGAAUUUUCUAUCAAAAUUUCUUUGUAUCAAAUGUUAUGAAUAACAGCAAUAAUGGAAAAACAUCCAAGAUUGAUUCACAUUGAAGGAUUGCUUUUCACAUGUGCAUACACUGUUCACAAAUAAGUCUCCUACAUUCUAUACUCCCCAGUGCACAAAAAUGGCUCUGUUGAUGAAACAUUUUAAUAUAGGUCACUUUACUGCUGCAUAUGAUCUGCAUUUAGUAUGUCAGUUUUUAUUGCUAUAGAUUCUUGUGCAUGUUUUUACACAUCAUAUAUUUUUUAUUAUGUAUACAGUACAUACACACAUUCUAUUUGGCUUCCUUUUUAUGUUUGGUAAAUCUUGUGUUACAAUCAUUUUUCGUUUGUUUUAGUUUUUUUGUUAGAAACCAGUUAA